AUGACAAGCUUGAAAAGGACUCAUGAGGCAGAUGCUCUGGCAUCAAAUAUCUCAAGCAAGGUCUACGUCCGCUCAACUCGCAGCGGCAAGGUCCAGAAAAUCGUGAGAGAAGUCUACCUCCGAACCGACAUCCCGUGCUCCUCCAAGCUCUGCAAAAUCUGUCUUCAGGAUGCGCCGAGGAACGCAGCCCAAGAAGUCCAGCCGUUUGUCCUCUCGGACAAGCCAGCAGGCACCAAAAGUUUUCCACAAGGCCAUUACCUGGUCCCCGACACUAACGCUUUAUUGAACGUGAUGGAUCUUUUUGAGCAGAGCUCGAGUUUCUAUGAUGUCGUCAUUCUGCAAACUGUGUUGGAGGAGCUGCGAAACCGAUCAUUGCCUCUCUACAACCGGUUGGUUGGUCUCACCAAGAGCGAGGACAAGAGAUUUUACGUUUUUUUCAAUGACUUCCGACUGGAAACUUUCGUUCGGCGUGAGCCUAACGAGUCUGUGAAUGACCGAAAUGAUCGGGCUGUUCGAUUGGCUGUGAAGUGGUAUGGGGAUCAUCUGGCUCAGACCAAAGCAGAGAAGAUCCCAGCUGUAGUGAUGCUCAGCGACGAUCAGGACAACCUCCGAAAAGCCAAGGCGGAUGGUCUCCACGCAUAUUCUCUCAAGGAAUACGUCGGCGGACUAGAAGAUGGCGAAAGGCUCCUUGACAUGGUGGCAGAGUCACAGAGCCAAGGAGGUUUCAAGAAACCCGUUCAGAUGCUUUAUCCCGAAUAUUUCACCUUGUCGAGGAUGAUGACAGGAGUAAAGGCUGGCCUGAUGCACCAGGGCAUCUUCAACGUGUCCCCGUACAACUACCUCGAGGGCUCGAUCAAGGUCCCAGCAUUCCCUAAGCCGCUGCUUAUCCUGGGACGCGAGAACAUCAACCGUGCCGUGGAUGGCGAUGUUGUGGUUGUUGAAGUUCUCCCAGAAGAUCAAUGGAAGGAACCGUCGACAAAGAUCAUCGAAGAGGAAGCAAUCACGAGGAAUGAGAAUGCAGAUGCUGAGGACGGCCAGGACUUCGUGUCAGAAAAGGAACGGAAGGCCUUACAGGAACAGGUGAAGAAGACACAGAAGAGCACUUCUGAAAGCCGCCCACAGCCCACAGCCAAGGUCGUCGGCGUCAUCAAGCGCAACUGGCGCCAGUAUGUCGGCCAUAUCGACCCUUCUUCUGCCAGCUCGUCUUCCCAAGGCCGCAAGCAGGCCAACGUCUUUCUCAUUCCUAUGGACAAGAAGAUCCCCAAGAUUCGCCUGCGCACGAGGCAGGUGUCCGAGCUGCUCGGCAAGCGUCUCUUGGUGACUAUAGAUGCGUGGGACCGGGACUCGAGACACCCUAUCGGACAUUUCGUGCGAUCUCUGGGAGAGUUGGAGACUAAGGCGGCCGAGACGGAGGCUCUACUCCUUGAAUGGGAUGUUCAAUAUCGACCGUUCCCCAAGACAGUCCUCGAUUGUCUUCCGAAAGAGGGCCAUGAUUGGGUGGUACCUGCUAGCACCGAGGAUCCUGGUUGGAGAGACCGAGAGGAUCUCAGAGAACUCCUGAUUUGCAGCAUUGACCCCGUCGGCUGCCAGGAUAUUGACGACGCCCUGCACGCGAGAAAGCUCGAGAACGGAAACUUCGAAGUCGGUGUCCACAUUGCGGACGUCUCAAACUUCGUUAAGCCAGCCAACGCCAUGGAUACGGAGGCGAGCAUCCGAGGUACCACUGUCUACUUGGUUGACAAGCGUAUUGACAUGCUUCCGCCGCUUCUUGGAACGGAUCUCUGCUCCCUCAAGCCAUAUGUGGAGCGUUACGCCUUCUCCGUGCUCUGGGAAUUGAACGAAGACGCCGACAUCGUCAACGUACGCUUCACGAAAUCGGUUAUCAAGUCUCGCGAGGCGUUCAGCUACGAACAAGCCCAGCUCCGAAUCGACGACGCCUCUCAGCAAGAUGACCUCACCAAUGGAAUGCGCACGCUGCUUGCGCUGUCCAAGAAGCUGAAGAAGAAGCGAAUGGAUGCCGGUGCUCUCAGCCUCUCGUCCCCCGAAGUCAAGGUCCAGACUGAAUCUGAUGAGUCUUCUGAUCCCAUCGAUGUCAAGACUAAGCAGCUACUGGACACCAACUCUCUCGUCGAAGAGUUCAUGCUUUUCGCCAACGUCAGUGUUGCUGCCAAGAUCUACGAUGCCUUCCCGCAAACCGCCAUCCUCCGUCGUCACGGCGCUCCUCCCAAGACCAACUUCGACGAGCUCGCGAACCAGCUGCGCACCAAGCGCGGCCUAGAACUGCGCACCGACUCGAGCAAGGCCCUCGCCGAUUCUCUUGAUCAGUGCGUCGACGAGAAGGACCCGUUCUUCAACACUCUUGUUCGUAUCAUGGCCACCCGUUGCAUGAUGAGUGCCGAGUACUUCUGCUCGGGCACCCAGGCAUACCCCGAGUUCCGCCAUUAUGGUCUCGCCUCUGAGAUCUACACCCAUUUUACGUCCCCCAUCCGUCGUUAUGCCGAUCUUCUUGCUCACCGUCAGCUCGCGGCUGCCAUUGGCUACGAAGCCGUCCACCCGACCGUCCGCAGUCGCGGCCGUCUGGAAGCUGUCUGCAAGAACAUCAACGUUCGCCACCGCAACGCACAGAUGGCGGGCCGCGCCAGCAUUGCGUACUACGUCGGCCAAGCCCUCAAGGGCAAGGUGGCCGAGGAGGAGGCAUUCGUCAUGAAGAUCUUCAGCAAUGGUUUCGUGGUGCUGGUCCCACGAUUCGGCAUCGAGGGUCUUAUUCGCCUCAGAGAUCUCGCGGAGACCGAACCCGAGAGUGACUUCGAUGCGGAGACAUACACUCUGACAACCAAGGGCAGCCGAGAGGUCAAGGUGGAGUUGUUCCAGAAGGUCAAGGUUAGAGUCCAUGACGAGAAGGAUGAGAUGACGGGCAAGAGGGGUGUCAAGAUGGAGUUGAUCGAGUCAUAA